UACAAAUUUAAUAAAUAAUUGCAUACGCUUCUCAAAGUACAAAUUUUAUAAUAACAGCUUAUUUAAAUUAACAAUGUUCACUAAUCGUUCACUCGAAGCUGUGAGUUUCAAUUCACAGUUGUCUACUACCAAAUCGCAACUAUCAACGAACAUUCAAACAACAGAAAUUGUUUAUAAUCAGACUCCUGCACAAGCAGUUGAAACAAGAGAUGUUGAAAUUCAAACCACUAGUGUAGAAAAGAUGAGACCAGAGAUAAACUAUGAAAAACUUGCAGAAUUUUUAAAUAAGGUUACACCAAAUGUAUUAGAAGUACUUGAUAAAGCUUAUGGAACCAAUUCAUUUGAAGAUUAUGAACCAAACACAGAAGAAAAUUCACUCACAAGCACGCAAUUUCUACAGAAGAUUCGCAGCAUGGAAUCAAAGUCCAAGAUGAAAGUGAGUGACAUGAGUUGGAGUAUUAGUGGAAGAACAUUAGCGGUUUCAUAUAGUAUUCCUUAUCACGAAACAUUGUGUUUUCACCCUUUUAAAAUACAAUUGUACAGCCAAACGAAAGAAGGUAAUUUCACAGAGGAAGACUGUAAAUCACUACCAAGUGCAUGUGUAACCUCAUUGGCUUAUCAUCCAACUAGACCAUCCAUUAUAGCAGCUGGCUUAUUCAAUGGUGAUGUUCAUCUAUGGAACUUGAAUGAUGUAUCAGUAGCACCAGUAAUAAUUUGCCAUCAUGAGGAUUCUAUAUCACAAGUGUACUGGAAAGCAGGAACUGUAAAUGUAUCAUUCCUAAUAAGCUCUAGUAAAGAUGGAUACAUUUUUAUGCAUAAAAUAGCCGUUUCUAAUAUUUCCCGUGUAUCUAAACGACUGAAAAUAGUCAAAGAAUAUAAUCCAAGAGAAAACUCAAGGCCGCGUAGCGCAGGUGGAACUCGUGAACGUGCGAUGGAAUCUGGUUUAUGUAUUACUGCCUUUGAUUUUUCCUCCAGAGAUCCCAUAUUUUUUAUUGUGGGUACUUUAUGUGGUGGAAUAUAUAAAUGUAGUUUAGAUCGUGUCGCGCCUAUCGAAAAUGAUGAAACAGUAAUGGAUCCUGUGAUAGGUGAGUAUGAAAGUCAUGAAGGUAGCAUUACAUGCAUUAAAUGUUCCCCAAUACGUAACAUUUUCGUCACGGCUGGUACGGAUAAGGAAAUUCGAAUAUAUGAUUUUGAAGAGCUCACGAGCCUACGAUCGAUUUCUUCUGAAAAUACGAUCGUAGGUUUAACGUGGAUGAUGGGAAAUCAAGACAUAUUAGCAACUUAUGGUGCUGGUUCGAACAUUAGAUUAUACAACGUCACAGAUGGUAGAUCUGUGACAAAUGUAAAUUUUGAGAAAGCUGAUAGAGAAAACACUAGCUGUUUACGUGUAAAUUUCAAGAAAGAUAUGGUAGCCAUUGGCGAUACGCAAGGAAAUAUAGAGAUUUGGAAAGUCCCAAGACAAUUAUUAUAA